UUCAAGUGGAGCUCUGGGCCUGUCAACUGGAGAGCUCUAGAUGAUCUGUGUGGUCAAGGCAGUGGCUGUAGUUGUCACCUAGCUGUUGAGAACUCCAGUAGGUGUGUGGUGUCACCUGGCUGUUGAGGUUUCCAGUAGGUGUGGUGGAACAAAAAACUUCUCUUCUCUUCUCUGAUCUCUGGCCCUGUCGAGGUUCUGUGAUAUGAUCCAGGCUGCCUUGGCAGUAGGGUGGUAGUGCGUCUACCACCGCAACCUUGUAAGGAUGACUUUUAAAAAAAAAAGGCUGCGUACUGCAGCCGCCGUCAACGGAUGCGGCGGGCCGUGUGGUGACGGCGCUUGCCCGCAAUGGGAGGCGGACAAGUUCUUCUUGCGGGAGGCCGCCACCAGCAUCCAUCGUCGGCAUGCACGCCAGACCCGGGAUGGGCUGCAUGGCGUGGUGCUGGCCGCAGACACGGCCGCUGCCCUGGCCGACCGGCCGGGUGCCAGCGCCGCGCAGCGUCAGGCUGCGGCCAUGGCCAACUUGGCGGUGCGGGAGGAGCGGGCAGCUGCCGCAGCGGCCAGCCACAAUGCCCGCGCUGCACUGAUGGAGGAGCAUGGGGAGCGGGGCACUCGCUGGUUCCAUCGGCAGGCUGACGAGCCAGCAGCCGGCGCGCAGGAGCCCAUCACGCACUUGAAGGUGCCGGGGCAACCGGCGCCUGUGGCGCUCACGGGGCCGGGCACGCGCAACACUGUCUCCGCAGCCGCCGCAGCCAUGUACAGCAGCACCAGCCCCACCGGCCUGUUCCGUGUGCAGCCGGUCUGUACGGCGUCGCAGCAACAGCUUCUGGCGGCCAUUGACCGCAAGGUUCCGGCGGAUCUGCACACCGCCGCAGAGGGGUCCGGGGACGGCGCCCUCAGUGAUGCCGAGCUGAUGGCAGCGCUGGCUGGCUCCGCCAAUGGUAAAGCACCUGGGUCGGACGGGGUUCCGUACGAGGUGUACAAGGUCUUCUGGGCGCUGCUGGGCCCGCGCUUGUGUGCUGCUGCUGCCGCUGCCUUUGCUGCCGCUGCAGACGCCCACGAUGGCGGCGAAAUGGCGGCGGCGCUGCCUGCCUCCUGGCGGGAGGGCAUCAUUACGCUCAUCUACAAGGGCAAAAGCCUGGACCGCGCCGAGCUGGCGUCCUACCGGCCCAUCACGCUGCUCAACUGCGACUUCAAGAUGGUGUCCAAGGCCGUCAGCGCCCGCCUGCAGCCCGCCCUGGAUGCAGUUGUGGAUGAGCUGCAGACCGCGUUCAUCACCGGCCGCUGGAUUGGAGACAACGCGCUGUACCUCCAAGGCCUGAUCGAAUGGAUGCGCCUGGACGUGGGCGCGGACGGCGCGCCACGGCAGGGUGGUGCGCUGUACUUCUUGGACAUUGAAAAGGCGUAUGACCGGGUGCACCGGCAGUGGCUGUAUGCGUCCGCGGAGGGACUUGGGUUUGGGCCGCGCAUGCUGCGCUGGAUCCGCCUGCUCACUGCCAACGGCUCUGCCCGCGUGUGUGUGAACGGGAUGCUCUCUGACGCCUUCCCAGUGCUGAACGGCUUGCCGCAGGGCAGCACCGCCUCACCACCCCUGUGGGUCAUCCAGAUGCAGCCACUGACGUCCUUUCUGCGGCGGCAGGUGGAGCAAGGGGCACUGCGCACGCCCCUGUUACCCAGCGGCGAGCAGGCGCCACCUGCUGCCCACCACGCUGACGACACGACCCUCACGGUGCGCGACCCGGCGGUGGACGGGCCGGUCCUGAUGGCGGCAGUACAGCUGUUCUGCCGCGCGUCCAACGCCCGUGUCCAUCCGGACAAGAGCAAGGCCAUGGGCCUUGGCAGGUUUGCGCACCUGACGGGCCCUUGCCCACACACGGGGGUGCCGUUUACCACUGGCGCCGUGACGCACCUGGGUGUGCCCCUGUCGUGGGACUCUGAUGCGGCUGCAGCUGACUUGUACACCAGGCGGGCUCGCGGCAUGGCGUUUGUGGUGCUGGCGGCGAAGCUGGCCUACCACUUCAGCUUCCUCAACCCGUCGCCUGCGCAGCUGAAGGAACUCACCGACCUGGUGGACCACUUUGCUGCGCGCUCCAUGCACGCUGAGGACGCCAGCCUGGUGUCGCACGGGAACCCGCUCCUGCUGCCAAAGCGGGAAACGGCAUGUCUGCCGUACAAGGAUGGGGGUGUCAACCACGUCGACCUGCCUGCGUUCCUGUCUGCCCUGCAAGCUAAGACUUUCGCCCUCCUUGCCAAGCCAGGCCGGCAACCCUGGAAGACGCUCACCCGGGCGCUGCUUACCCAUGUGCGCCCGGACUCCGCCACCACGUGGGCGUGGGUGUACAGCGACACGCCGGCGCCAGCGGGGCUGCCUGCCCGGCUGGCGGCCGCGGUCGGCCACGUGCGGAGCGCGGGCGUGGAACAGCAUCCGCCGCAGCCAGCCACUCAGCCGCCAGCGGCGCCGCCACAGUGGCGGGUUAGCCUGGACCAGCUGUGGGUGGCUAACGCUGCGGGGGCUGUGUCCUACGUCCACUACACGGGGCGGCUCUUGGAGCCUGGGCCUGGCGUGCUGCCCCCGGCGGUGGAUGGGGCGUGGCAGCCUGCCUGUGUGCUGCAGCAUCGCAAGCCACGGCACCUGUGGACCUUUGAAGAGCGGGCGGCGUACGAUGCAGCAUCACCAGGGGACCGGGCGGGGGCGUGGCCUCGGGCGCCGUACUUCCUGGCGCCGGAGGCUGGGGUGGUGGUGCACCCGGAGCACUGCCGGAUUGCGGGUGUCAGCUUGGCGGACUACACGGUGCGGGACGUGCGGCGGGCCAUCACCGCGGCUAACCCGGCCGCACCUCCGGCUCCGGCCCGCCCCGCAGCCAUGCCGUGCCCGGCGCCAGCUCAGCAGGCGGGGGGGUCGGGGACCCAGCCGGCGGCACAGUCGCGGCUGGCGGAGCGGGAGGCGGAGUGGCAGCGUGCAGCGGCGCAGCUGACCACCACGGCGGCGCAGCACUUCCACAAUAACCCGGUGGCUCUGGACCCCUGGCUCCACCGCACCUCCGCGGCAGCCGGGCUGCAGAACACGCCGGCGAGAGAACUGCAGUCGUAUGCGUCCCCGUCCCAGCAGUCGGGUGAGGGGCCGCGGCGGUCCGUGCGGCUGCAGGAGCAGGCGGCGGGCGGGGCGGGACCUAGCACUGGGCCUGCCACGGCGGCGGCGGCAGCAGCGGCGGCAGUGGAGGGCGACCCUCGCAUGCCGCCCCCGGAUGCGUCCCUUCUGCGGGGUACGUGGCGGAGGCUGUGGGACAGCCACGCCAGUCGGGGGGCAAAGGUGCUGGUGUACCGGCUGCAACAUGCUUACCUGCCUUGCGGGCUGUACAGGGCGGGCAAGGGCAUUCGGCCACGGGUGACCACGGGGUGCGGGGGGUUGGGGGCGCACUGUCCUCACCCCGCCUGCGGGCCACCUGGCCCGCGGGCGUGGGCCAGCCUAACGCACAUCUUCCUGGAGUGUCCAGCUUAUGCGCAGGCGAGGACGUGGCUGCAGCAGCUGUGGGCCUGCGUUGCGCCCCAGGCAGCGGCGCCGCCAGUGACGGACGCGGGCUUCAUGCUGGGGGACCGCAUGGGUAUGUGGGCCUCAGGCCCGCGGGGGGCGGGCGCGCUGCUGUGGAGCACUUUGCGGGCCACCUUCUUGUACGCCGUCUGGUGUGCGUACUGGUCCCGCGAGCCUGCUAAGCAGACGUCGGAGCAUGUGGUUCGGGAGGUGGUCAGCGAGCUGCGCAGGGUGAUGCAGCUGCGUUUCACUGCCGCCACGCUAACCCCUGAAACCCUGUCGGCUCUGCCCACACAGCUUCUCACCGCACAGCUCAAGGCGGCUAAGCUGGAGCACUUUGUUGCCAUCUGGACGGCGGGUGGCGCGCUUUGUGAAGUGGAGGAGGUUCAGGGUGGGUCACCGAAGUUGAACUUGCGGCUGACGCUUGCAUCACCUGUGCAGGCCCCCUAGGUUUCCUUUUGGGCGGCGUUUCUUUCCAGGCGCUGGCGUGGCAUAUUAUCGUCAUCAGCUUAUCUGGCGCCCAUGUGUUUUAGCUCUGGCUGGCGUCGCAGCGCCUGGGCGGCUGUGGGUCUUCCUUUUUUUUUUGAGGAAGCAUCCUUUUUUUGAGGAAUCAUCCUUACAAGGUUGA